UUGCUGAAAAUCUACGAAAAAGAGGGCUACUUGACCAUCCAACCAUGGCUUCGAGUCACUUUACUAACAAUUGAUGAAAGGCAAUUCAAUCCAAACAUCAAUAUUGAAUUUCGAAAUCAAGCUGCAGCUCAGACCGAUUGUUUACUCCAGUAUAAAGAAUCUGCCUCAUUUAUUGCUUUUGUGGAUCUUGACGACGUACUGAUUCCAAGGUUGGCAGCAAACUACUUGGACGAGUUUGCACACCUGUUCCACUCGAUGCCGAAUGUCGCUUAUAUUCACUACAUGAAGGAGAAUACUAAACUAGAAGCCGGUAAGGAUCCUACCAAGUUCUCACUGAAACGGAUGCUGUCCACCAUCAAAUUCCAGCAAGUCAGUGAGACAGGAAAAAUGGUUGCCAAUCCGCUUUACCUGAAUCACACUUGGAUACAUCACCCACAUCGUAUCAAAGAUGGAACGGACAGGUUAGUCAGUCGAUGGCGGUUUUGUUAUCUCAGGAUGUCCAGAAAACCCGAAGUUGCUCGCAUAUUUCCUUCUCUCCCGACGAACUUCAUCUACCUGAAAACGAUCGCUCAAUGUUAUGAGGACACCUACUACAAAUUCCAUUAUUCAGGAAAUGUCAAGCAACUAAAAUGUCCUGGACCGGACCGUUGUUUUCCUCGCCGUAUUCCAUGCUACAAUUCGAUGGCAAAGUUCCAUUCUACGACCGGUGGAUACUAUUUUAAUUUUCAUUACGCGACGAAGGAAUCGUUUCGGGAAGAGAAUGGUUGCUUGCCCUAA